UCCAGUGACAACCACGAUCUAGCAACCAAUCGCCUGGUCAGGAAUCAGCUGACUCGUCUGGACAGCGCCAGGUGCUGUCAUCAUAUUUUCCUUGGCGACGCAGCACGGUCUUCAGAGUACAGAGACUGCUGGUGGUAGCCAGUCAACGUGCUGCUGGUUGCGAGGCAAGGAUACUCUUCUUGCAAACCGGACCAUGCGUAUCUCUGAGGUUAUUCAGGAAUUUGCGGCAAGUGGAUGUAACAAAAGUGUGCCCAUGUAGAUAGGCUGCUAAGUGAAUGGGCUGCGUGGCGUGGAGCUUAAGAAGGAUGUGAUAAAAGCAAAUCCGAUUCCGUUAUCAAGUCAUUUGUGGAUUUUUCCUCUCACCGUUGACGUUGUGGUACACAAGGACAUAGGUAUUUGCAUGAACUAAUGUUCGCCAAGAAAGGACGCCUGUGCAAUUGAAACGUGAAGGCUGGUAAGCCAAAGAGACCCUUUCCCCAAUCCUGAUAUCAAGUUGUGUGGCAGACUCAACUCUGUAGGAACCUGCAGAAAAUCUCGGAAGUUCUUUAACUCCACUACUCAAGCUUUAAAAGGAUAAACGGUUUAUCCAGCUACACUUCUGAACACUUGAUGAAAAUCUCACCAAACUAUCCCGGUCUCUUUGCAUCUCCAGGAUUCCCAACACAUUGCGGAUCUGAGCAGAUAAAUAUUUGCAGUAAAAAUGGCUAGAGGGACUGUAAUCUGGGUUGCACAGAGACGGCAUUGCUUCUUUCUGCUGUUGGUUUCACUUACACUGUCCUCUAUUGAGGCUACAGAGUGUCCCCAGCUGUGUGUCUGCGAAAUUCGACCUUGGUUCACACCGCAGUCCACCUAUAGGGAAGCUACAACUGUGGACUGCAAUGACCUUCGCCUUACGCGCAUCCCUGGCAACCUGUCAAGUGACACCCAGGUUUUGCUUCUACAGAGUAACUACAUUGCCAGGACCAGUGAGGAACUGGAGCAGCUGCUGAACCUGACUGAGCUGGAUCUUUCCCAGAACAACUUCAGCAACAUUCGUGACAUAGGCUUGACAAACAUGUCCCAGCUCACCACACUGCAUCUGGAGGAAAACCAGAUCAUUGAGAUGCCUGAUUUUAGCCUGCAGGACCUUACAAACCUUCAAGAGCUUUACAUCAACCACAAUCAGAUCAGCUUCAUUGCACCUAAUGCUUUUGCAGGUUUGCGCAACUUGCUAAGGCUCCAUCUGAACUCCAACAGGCUUAAGGCCAUUGACAGUCAUUGGUUUGAAUCUACCCCCAACCUUGAGAUCCUAAUGAUUGGGGAAAAUCCUGUGGUUGGUAUCUUGGAUUUAAACUUUAAACCUCUCAUUAAUCUGAGAAGUUUGGUACUGGCAGGAAUGGAUCUUACUGACAUACCAGGCAAUGCUUUUGUUGGACUGGACAAUCUUGAGAGCCUCUCCUUCUAUGAUAAUAAACUUGUUAAGGUGCCUCAAAAUGCACUGCAGAAACUGCCAAACUUAAAAUUUCUGGAUUUGAACAAGAACCCUGUGCACAAAAUUCAGGAGGGUGACUUCAAGAAUAUGUUAAGACUGAAAGAACUUGGUAUUAAUAGCAUGGGAGAACUUGUCUCCAUUGAUCGGUUUGCCCUAGAUAAUCUCCCAGAACUGACCAAACUCGAGGCCACCAACAACCCUAAGCUUUCCUACAUUAGUCGAUUAGCAUUCCGUGAUGUUCCAUCUCUUGAGAGCCUAAUGCUUAAUAACAAUGCUCUAAACUCCCUCUACCUGGCAACAGUAGAAGCCUUGCCCAACUUGCGGGAGGUCAGUAUCCAUAGCAAUCCACUCCGCUGUGACUGUGUUAUCCAAUGGAUGAGUUCCAAUAAGACCACCAUUCGAUUUAUGGAACCUCUUUCGAUGUACUGUGCAAUGCCACCUGAAGUCAGAGGCCAACACAUGAAAGAAGUACUUUCUCGUGAAACUACUGAUCAGUGUCUCCCCAUGAUUGCCCAUGACACCUUCCCCAACCACCUUAACUUGGAUAUUGGCAUGACAGUAGACCUAGACUGCCGUGCAAUGGCUGAGCCUGAACCAGAGAUAUAUUGGGUUACUCCUUUGGGUAACAAGGUCAUGACAGAUACUUUAUCUGAUAAGUACCAUCUUAACAGUGCGGGUACUCUGCACAUAUCUAACAUUCAGGUAGAAGACUCUGGCUGCUACACCUGUGUUGCUCAGAAUAUAGAGGGUGCUGACACUCGGGUGACUGCAAUCCGAGUCAAUGGUACUCUUCUAGACAGCACUCAACUUAUGAAGAUUUAUGUGAAGCAAACUGAAUCCCACUCCAUACUGGUGUCCUGGAAGGUCAACUCCAAUGUGAUGACUUCCAACCUCAAAUGGUCAUCUGCCACGAUGAAGAUUGAUAACCCCCAUAUCACCUACACAGCCAGAGUCCCUGUGGAUGUCCAUGAGUAUAAUCUUACACACCUUCAACCUGCCACUGAGUAUGAGGUCUGUCUCUCAGUCUCCAACAUCCACCAGCAGACUCAAAAGUCCUGUGUCAAUGUCACAACCAAGCAUGCCACCUUUGCUGUAGAGAUUUCUGACCAAGGCACCAACACAGCUCUUGCAGCUGUCAUGGGUACGAUAUUGGCUAUCAUCAGUUUGGGUGCCAUCACUGUCUACAUUGCCAAGAGAUGGAAGAGGAAGAAUUACCACCAUUCACUCAAGAAGUAUAUGCAGAAAACAUCCUCUAUUCCUCUAAAUGAGCUCUACCCUCCUCUCAUCAAUCUGUGGGAGAUAGACAAUGAGAAGGACAAAGAUGGCUCCUCUGAACCGAAACCCUCCCAAGUUGACACAACAAGAAGCUACUACAUGUGGUGAAGCCUAUCAAACUCUUAUUGUAGAGCACAAAGACACAUAUCUUGCUUAUUUGUGCAAAAAAGAAGUGGAUUUUUUUCUCUGCUUUGCUUACUGGAAGCAACUACAUGUACUGAUAUUUCAGACAUUUCAGUAGAGCGUAUUGCCUUUCCCUCUUCUUUGACUCAAUUUGGGCAGCUUUGUUUAGUUUCCGAGACAUGUUAGUAGCUGUGCUUUUUUUCUGUUCAUUAUAUUUUAUCAGCACAGCAUAGAUAUUGUCAAAGAUUAUUUUUGGGGUCGAUUGAUGCUGUAGCAGUAAGUUUGAUCCGGUAUUGAUACGUCUUUGGCAGUAUUCAUAGAGAAUGCAAAGUUUCUUUCUCUCUUUUGUAAAACAGUUUAACUGUUGUGCACUGAAAUAUAUUAACAAUUUUGUCCUUGGACUCCAAUGUAAGCUGACAAGGUGAGUUUAGACUUGAUACAGUGUCUAUUGAAUAAUGUUAGCAAUUGUUCUGUAAUGUUGUAUCAACUAUAAUUUUAACUUUUUGGAUUUUAUCAAAACAUUAAAUUUUGAUUUAGAACUUAAAGGGAUAGUUCAACAUUUUGGAAAGUAUGCCACGUUUAACACAUUCCCAAGGUCUAAUAAAUUUUUAUACCUCUCUGCAUGCAGUUUUUGUCUUAGUUUAGCUGUUGCAAACCUUCUAACAUCAGAAGUUGAAACAUUCUAAAUGUGUAGUGUAUAUUGUAAUAAUUCCUAAAUACAUUAAUUUGACUGAAAAUAUUGAAAGCUGAGACCCUAUAAAUUUUGGCUCUAAACACUUACUGCAGCUAAGAUAUUCUUCAGAGCAUUUUAACAUCCUAAAAACAUUGCAACGUAUGAUUGAACGAAAUAUGUAAUUUAGUUUAAAAAACAGGAAAAGGGAAUUUAUUGACAAAAAGUUGAACUAUUGCUUCAAGAUUGCAGGUAAAAAAUAUAUACCAGCAAUAGAAAUGUGAAUGUUUAACAAUUAGGUGAGUAGAAAAUAAUGCUUUUUUAAAAAAUUACUCAGAUACUUUUUUAUUUGCUAGAAUCACUUGAUCAUUAGAUUUUUUUGUGACUUACACAUGCAAAAUAUGUUGCAUAUUAAGGUGCAAACAAAAAUAAAAUACAGUUUUGUUCUGAUAUUUUUUAUACAAUAAUUUUCAAAAGUGUAAUUUUUCCUGGUCAUCUUUUCUCAUGCUUUCUGUUGGUUUUGGAAUAUUGGAGAAAAAACAUUAUUUUAAAAGGCAUUGUCAAAUAUUCAUCCUGCCCAAUAUUUAGUAAAUGACUAAAUAAUUUGAUGAAUAUGGUGAAAAAUUGUAUGUAUCCCUAAUCUAAAAAAUAUCAGAAAUGUCCUAUGUGAUAAUAAAUCACAUACACUGACAGGGUCAAAAAAGCAAUUUUGAGAAUAAAAUUAAAGUCCUGCUUAAUUUCAA